CAUAUUCCAUUAAUUCACUGGACUGCUCUUUCUGAGUCGUUUCCUCAAAAGAAAUGGAGGCUGUGCUGUGGUGGUCACCCUCCAUUUACGCCUAUGUUGCCGGAAUUAUGUCGGCUGCUGACAGUCACCCUACCCAGGGGGGUCCUGGCGUGCUCAAUGAGUGCUUCGACUGCACUGACUGCAACGCGAUACAAACUACAGGUAAUUACGUGCUAAUUGAGCAAAUUGAUGAUAGCAUACAGGCGCGAUACGACACAAUACGACGUGAGGCGACGCGACGCGACGCGGACAGCCAAGACGAAACCAAGCCAAGCCGUUGCUGAAUGAGCCCCGCUUGAACCUUGGGUUUGGGAGUACUGCAGCCCCAGAAAUAGGCAAUACUGUUGUGUAGGUGGGACUUCUAAUAUAUAAUUACUUAGUACGAAGAAAGACACGAAAGCGAAAGCAAGAAUGAAAGAAAAGGGACAACGGGGGAGCCUGGUGCGGGCAGUUCCCUCAGGACCUCACACACCCGGAGGCUAUGGGCCAGGGUUAGGGCCAG